UGAAAAAACACAAACACUUCAAUCAAUAACGUUAUUAAACACAUAUACAUAUACAACAUAUACAUGUAUCAUCCUUUAUUUAAAAACACUCACUUUCCCAAUCUUCUUAAAAACUAGCCGUUACUCACAUUCAAUCUCUCUUCACUUACCCACAAAAAAGAUUUCGAUGGCAGCUGCUUCCAUGGAAUCCCCAUCACAAGAUCCCAUUUUUAAGGGAUCAAGUAGCGUAAUGGCUUCGUCUCCGAUGAUUAGCCCUGUUUCCGAUAAGCAUUUUUGGAGUAUUCUUCGCAAUCGGAUCGAUACCCUUCUUGAAAACCAAAAAGAUCAAAACUUGGAUUGUGAAGGGAAGAACCGUGUGAAAAGAAUGAAGGAAGACUCGAUGCUUUUGUUAAGAGGGUUUGAUUCAGUUGCGUCUUCGCUUUCUCAGCUUUCAAAUAAUCUUGAUAAUGCACUUCAGGGAGCAAAAGAUCUGGCUAGACCACCAACAUUGUCUGAUGUUCUUCAUAGUUCAUUACAACAAGCAAAAACCGAUCAAAAUCCGUCAAAUGGUAAUGAUAAAGAAGAUGAUGAUGAUGAGGGUUUAGAUUCUAACAGGAGAGGGAUGAAAAGAAAGUUGGAUCUCGAAGAAAUAUCUGAAGAAAACUGUGAUAACCCGAAAGAGUUUGGGAAGCUCAACAGAGCCAAAAAUAUUGCUAUAUCCAUGGCGAAAAGAGCAGGAUUCUUAGCUAGAGAAAUGAAAUCGAUGAAAUCAGAUCUUUGUUUUAUGCAAGAAAGAUGCAGCAUUCUUGAGGAGGAAAACAGGCGGCUUAGGGACGGAUUUGUGAAAGGAGUUCCCCCGGAGGAAGAUGAUCUGGUGAGGCUGCAACUUGAGGCAUUGUUGGCUGAAAAAUCAAGAUUAGCUAAUGACAAUGCAAAUCUAACAAGGGAAAACCAAUGCCUUAGGCAGCUAGUGGAGUAUCAUCAACUUACUUCCCGACACGAUGAGGAAGACGUAUUAUUGGAAGAGGAUUAUGACAGGGUGAUUAAGGGUGUGUGUUUGGACUUCUCGUCUCCACCGCCAAAGAUACCCGAGGAUAUAGCAGGAGAGGAAGAUGAUGGUCUUUAAAGAGAGACUUGUUGUAUGGCUUUUGUUGCUUGUAACCAUGACCAAAAAGUGUAAUAAUUUCUGGAUUUCUGGUUAUAAUUGAAAAAGAGCUUUCUUUUGCUCAUUAUAAGUUAA